GUCGAUCUGGAGAAGAAUUGAGACUUUUGCAAUAAAGCAAUUGACUUGAUUGAUUACGAUAUUAUCACAUGUCAACUCAGUUUAAUGUGGCUGAUUACAUAUCCCGCUAGGACCAUGUCGUCACAUCGUUCAGUCCCAAGCUUUCCAUCCGACGGUUUAAAUACUGUGCUUGCGUCCGUCCUGACUGCCUAUCGAUCAACUUGGUUCUGAACUGAUUCGUUAUCUUCCGCUUCUCUACCUAUCCAAGUAUCUUACCUUGCCUAGGUACUAUUGUUUUCACCUUGAUACCCUCAUCUGCUUCUAUUCUUACGAUUCGACACUUGUACAAACCCUUCACCUACCAUAACCACUAAUUUACCCUAUCGCCAUGUCUUUGCCCUCUGCUGCCAUCAUCGGCUCAACCGGCCUGGUCGGCUCAAACAUCCUUUCAACGCUACUUGCGUCCGAAACCUACAACCCUGUGCAUACCAUCACUCGACGCGCUCCUAAGGCGACAUCACCUCAUCUCAAUGCGAUAGUCGAUGCCGAUACUGCCAAAUGGGCAGAGCUUCUCACAGGGCUCACGCCCAAGCCAUCUGUAGUUUAUUCUGCACUGGGUACCACUCGCGCUCAGGCAGGCGGGAUCGCCAAUCAGUGGAAGAUCGACCAUGACCUCAAUAUCGAACUCGCAAAGUCAUCCAAGGCUGCAGGUGUCUCAACCUUCGUUUUUAUUUCCAGCGCUGGAACACGAUCCCUCCUCUCCUCGUCUUCGCCUUACGCAAAAAUGAAGAACGGAGUUGAAGACGCAAUCAAGGAACUCGACUUUGAGCAAGCCGUGAUUCUCAAGCCCGGCAUGAUCCUCGGUCACAGAGAGGCCAGCCGCACAGUGGAGGGUAUUGCCCAAGGGGCAGUCAACGGUCUUGGCCAUCUCAGCGCUGGUAUCAGAGAUACUCUUGGUCAGGAUGCUGAUGUCAUUGCGAAGGCGGCCGUGAGGGCUGCGCAGUUGGCCAGCGAGGGAAAGGCACCGAGCAAAUACUGGAUCCUUGGUGGAAGCGACAUUAUCAAGUUGGGAAGGACUGAGUGGCCGGGUAGUCAGACUCCCACGGAGACGAAGACCGAGGCUGCUGCGUAGAAUAUUUGCGAGAGUGACUUGACAUAGUCUUUGCGGUACAGUCACGACUGUCUCUACCUUUGCACAACGCUUUCGCAGACUGCCAGAAUCAAUUAGCCAUUCAAUGACGUGCUUCCCUAAAUACCCAUUAAUAAAAAGCAUGAAACCAACAGGGC